AUGAGAAGAAACUCCAUCGCUGAUAUAUUACAGGCCCCUCUCAGCCCGCCGUUCCAGAAAGCACACGAAUUGCUGGAAUCUACGCCAAUCUUCCCACCGUGGAAUCUAAGCAGCGGCUUUGAUCCUCAACGGUCCAUCACAAGUAUUCUAAACCAGGACCUCCGGACUCCUGCCAUUGACCAAAUAUACCGGCAUCUUUGGCUUGCGGGACUCCCCAGGGCAGCUCGCCCACUUCAUCGCCAAAUUCUCCUGGGACGAGCAAUAAUCAUCACGGAAAACCCCAAUGAGCAUCUGGUCUGGAACGCUACCCGUAUAUUUAUCAAGCCUCUACCGGAAUAUAUUCUCUCCUACGACUUUUGGUUGACCGACGGCGGCUCCCUAAUCCAUGACCAGUCCCUUUAUCAUUCCGCCUGCGGGUUUCUCUUGUCAUAUUGCUGGUUGAUUAGCACUAAGUCUGAUCUGGUGAUCGCUCACAAUACUCACCUUCUUCCGGUGUCCAUAACCUGGGAGAAAUGGGCUCCAUUCGUGACCGAUUUACUCACCGUGAUUGAUCCGGAAUCGGUUGACACUGUCUCCAAGCGCUACCACUUUGGAGAGCUGCGACUCUCGCGGCUGAAUCUCAUCUAUCGAUUUGCCCCCGGUGUUUUCUCCACCCAGAACUUCAUGCGGGGCUUUAUGUCGGAACCUUUAUGGACCAAAGCCUUCUUGGAGCGGAACUUUGCUUGGCUCUUCUCAGUCUUCGGUUUUGUCACCAUAGUUGCUGGCUCAAUGCAAGUGGGACUGGGGACCCACUCGUUACAGGGUAGUGAAGGGUUUCAGCGUGCCUCAGUGGUUUUCACCGCGGCGAGCUUACUUGGAGCCGUGGCAAGUGUCUUGCUUGUGGGCUCAGUAUGGGGCUUUCUGACCGUUUAUCAUGUCAUCCGCGCGAAGAAGAACUUGCAGGUGGUACGGAAAAGAAGAAUUGAGAGACAGAACAGCCGACCAGAGAGCGUGUAG